AUGUUGUGUCGUUAUAGUCCAACAAAAGUAAAAUUUAAUGAGAGAAAGAUUCAACAAAUCGCCGCAGGAUUAUAUCAUGCUAUUGCUGUUACAGAUUUGGGGUGUACGUACACCUGGGGAAGAAACAACUAUGGACAAUUAGGACUUGGACACUUCGAUGAUAGAAUGACACCACAAGUUGUAUCUGAGCUGAGUGGCCACUGCACAGUUGGUGUAGCAGCAGCAGAUGCAUCUCUUGCACAAACAAGAGAUGGAAGAAUAUUCAUAUGGGGAGGAAAAGACGGCAACAGCAAACCUACUCUUGUACCCUUAAAUGACAGCAGCAGCAGCAGCAGCAGCAGCAGCAGCAAAGUGCUGCAGGUAGCAUUGGGGAAAGAUCUAUAUGUUCUUCAGGAAGGAAAUCGCCUUCUUAUUCAGCCAUUAGAGGGGUUAGCUGCUGCCUCCUCUCAAUCUUCUGCUGCAGCAGCAGGAGAAGCAGCAGCACCAGCAGCAGCAGCAGCUGCUGCUGCUGCUGCUGCUGUUGUAGUUGAUGCUGCCCACGUUACACAGAUCUCUGCUGCCCCACACUUCCUUAUGGGUGUUGCACCAGGAGAUUCUUAUACAGAACAAGAGCAGCAGCAGCAGCAGCAGCACCCGCAGCAGCAGCAGCAGCACCCGCAGCAGCAGCAGCAGGAGUUCGAGCAGCAUCAAUACCAGCAGCACCAGCGCAGGUUGCAACAGCAACGCUACCAACAGCAGCAGCACGGGCAGCAGGAUAUGGAAGAGGCAGCAGCAGCAGCAGCAGCUGCAGCUGGCAGCAGCAAAGUGCUGUCUUUCUCUGACGUUGUACAAAGUUUAUCAGAGGAAAGGCAGCAGCAGCAUCUAAAUGCCACAGCCGGCAUAACCCACGCACCCUUGCUGCAGCAGCAGCAGCAGCAGCUGCUGCUGCUGCAGCAGGUCCUGCGCGUCGAGGAUCAGCUGGGGAUGGAGCAGCAAGAGGAUCAGGAAGACGCAGCAUAG